UCGCUGCCAGCGGAAUGCAGUGCGUUCUGGGAGAUGAUGCUAGAUGGUGAUACAGCGUAUGUUCGUCUGCGGAUAGAGGACUACAUUUCCCAGAGAUCCCUACCUAUGGUAGUCUGGCUGCAGCGCAAGGAUGGGGUGCCGGUGGCUGCGAUGAGUCUAAAGCAUUGACCGGAGGAUGGCAGCGUGUGACAGGGAGAUAGUGUAUCACAAGGACAGCUCCCAGAGUGAAGAUAUUGAUGAGUGGGACGAUGCUGCUCUUAUUAAAUCCUAUGAAAAGGCUGUCCAGUCUUUCCAGGAUAUGCUUAGGUGCAGUGAUAAGAAUCGGAGACAAGAAGGAGCCACUGGACCCGGUGAUAUCCAAAAAGAUUGUCAACGAGAGGCACCUAGAGAGUCAGAGUGGGAACGAGAUGGUCACAGGGAUCACCCAAAAGAUGAGGGGGAGAAGUGGUGCAAGAAGAAGAAGGCACAGCCUCCUCCACCCCUUAGCCACCCAACAACGCAGCCAACUUGUCGUUCUCUUGCAUCCAAAUGGAAGGUGGGAGACCCUUGUAGUGCUGUUUGGUCAGAAGAUGGAUGUGUCUAUCCUGCUACUGUAAAAUCCAUUGAUAGAGAAACAGGAACAUGUGUGGUGCAGUACAAUGGCUAUGGAAACACUGAGAGGCAUCAGCUGGAUGAAAUUGUGUCAGUGGGGAGUAGUGGGGAUAGCACCCCACCUGUUAAACAGUGGAAGGUUGGUGACCGUUGUUCAGUACAGUGGUCUGAGGACGGACAGCUAUACUCAGCCGUUAUUCGCUCUGUGGAUGAGGUGUUGGGCACCUGUGUGGUGGUGUAUGAGGGAUAUAAGAAUGAGGAGGAGCAGGACUUGGCUGAUCUGAUGCCUCCAUCCAGAGUCCAAGCACGCACUCGCGGCAAGAAGCAGGCGAGUCCUGCACCUCUAGGACUGGACAGCUCAGGGGAUGAGGAAGACACAGAUUGGCUGUACACUCGGAGGAGUUCUACCUCUUCACCUGACCUAUCCCGCAAUUGGAGGAAACAAGGGAAGAAGUCUGAUUGGAUGUAUACUUUUCCACCUCCACCUCCGCCUCCACCUCCCCCACCACCACCUCCACCUUCAUUACCUCCUCCUCCACCACCUAAGGGCUGCUUUUGGCCACCACCACCACCUCCUGUGAGAGCUCAUCUUCCUGCUUGGCACAAUUGGCCUCCUUCGGCACCCCUUCCGCCACCUCCCCCACCACCUCCUUUCUUCAGCACUGAGUGGGAGGAUUAUGAUGAGGAGGAACAGGAGGAUGAAGAUGUAUUAGCUUGUAUGCUCAUGGCUUGGUACAUGACUGGAUAUCACACUGGCUUUUACAAGGGGCUAAAACAGGGUCGUGCUGAAGCUUUGAGACCCAACCUCAAAAAAGGAUCGAGAAGAAAAUAGUAUGAUCAGGAUAAAAGGAUUAUCUCUCCCAUGGAGAAGGCAGGAUGCUUCACUAGGUUCCUCUAUGCCCCUAUGGAUAGCCUCCUCCGCUUCCCUUUACCCUACUCCUUAUAAAUACUCACAGAUGUUGAGAAACCCAGAUACAAAAAAAAAUCUGAAGUGCUAUAACAAAAUAAAAAUUAUUUCCAGUUA